GGCAUCUAUACGGAACCCGCCACCAUUUAUAUAUAGCCUUGCGGUGACAAACAAUCUUAUUAUGAGAUUUAAACUUCACCUCGGUUAGACUUGCGGAUCAGCACGCGCUUCCUCUUGCAGUUAUAGGCUAUUCCCGCAGUUUCCCCAGUUGAUAUAGUACUACCUUUCUACUUAACCCCCUCUUUUGACUGUGGUUAAACGCGGGUGUCAGCUCUCGGUGUAAUAGAAAAAGCCAAACCAGGCUCCGGGUCUGUUCAGCAUACAUAAAGGCGAGCGGGGAGAGCAGCUCUCAAUCAGGGGCUCAGCCUUGAAUUAAAUCACUCACUGCUAAAUGGAUCUUUGAGUCUCCCGCUUGACGCAAUCGGCAGCGGCUUGUGCGCCUUCAGACCGAAGAGAGAGAAAGAAAAACUCUGGGAUUCUUUUAUCGUCCGUCAGAAAAUGAUCUCCCGUCUCUUAGAAAAUGUCUUGUGUUCGUGGUGACAUACAGUAGAGUGCCAGCUUCGGUGUCGGGAAGAGAGAGGAGGCUCUUGCUGCGCGAUCGUCAAGCAGAGUACAAGGAGAGGGAUCAAUGAAAAUCCAUAGCGCUGGAGGAAACCAGAGAUGCUCUCAAACACUGAAGACUUCAGCCUAGACUACGGAGGUUAUUCCUCUGUGAGCAUGAAAGAGACGCAGACAAGAAGACAGUGGAGGAAACAAUAAGAUGAGACCAUUUAACAAUGGUUGCCUCUAAGGAAAUAAGCACAAGCCAACCUGAGGUGGUGAAAAACAUAAACUCAGCUCGGCAUCACCAAAAGUUCACUGCAGGCAAAACUCAAUGAAUGGAACUCAGCAUAAAUGCUAAUGCUCAACUUUUUUUGUGAGUGACUGCUAUAUGAGGACAAAAUCAUCCUUCAAUGAACCGGAGACUAAUAAAUGGAUUGUUUCUGGCACUGAACUUUUGAACAGUGGACCAUCCAACUCAAUUACCAACAGGAUUAGCUCAACUGUGACGAAACCACAGUUUUGAUACCCUCUUCUCAUUUUUGGCCCUGCACAUGACUCUCAGAGAAGUACCAAUGGCCUGCAGCACAGGCAUGGUGAUGAGUGCCUUUUUUUGGUCGGUGGCCAUUGUAUAUUUGACUCAUACAGGCAGAGUCAAUGGAGACUGCUGGUUAAUUGAGGGUGAAAAGGGCUUUGUAUGGCUGGCAAUUUGUAGCCAAAACCAACCACCUUAUGAGGCCAUCCCUCAGCAUAUCAACAGCACCAUUGUGGACCUUCGUUUGAAUGAAAACAAAAUCAAAAGCAUCCAUUAUUCUGCCCUUAGUCGCUUUGCCAACUUGACCUAUUUAAACCUGACUAAGAAUGAGAUCUCCUAUAUAGAGGAUGGGGCCUUUUCUGCCCAGUUCAACUUACAAGUCCUUCAGUUGGGCUUCAACAAGUUGCGGAACCUGACAGAGGGGAUCCUCAGGGGUUUAGGCAAGCUGCAGUACCUCUACCUCCAGGCCAAUCUGAUUGAGACUGUGACACACAAUGCCUUUUGGGAAUGUCCCAACAUUGAGAACAUUGACCUCUCAAUGAACCGAAUCCAGCAGUUAGACGGGUCCACGUUUGCCAGCUUGACUAAACUUACCACCUGUGAGCUCUACACUAACCCUUUCAACUGCUCCUGUGAAUUACUUGGUUUUGUCAAAUGGCUCUCAGUUUUCCCCAACCGGACAAAUGAACGGAUGGUCUGUGACUCCCCGGCUGGUGUCUCUGGUUACAGUCUUCUAAGCCAGAAUCCCAACAAUCCAGCAUAUCGAAAUGCGCUUUACAUGCUCACCACUGUGUGCACAGAUGACUAUGUGACACCAUACCUUCCCUCGCCACCUGAGCCUACCACCCCCCCACCAGACUCGACUCCCUGUGGGCUGGAAGACUGUCCCUCGGGCACCGAACCAGAUGACAUCCCCAUCAGUCCUACGUACUAUGAUGUGGAGGUAAACCCCCUGAUGAAACUUAAGCAAGUAUCCAAUACCGGUGCCACCAUUACUGUUCAGAUCCCUCAUCCCUACAAGAAGAUGUACAUCCUGGUUCAGUACAACAACAGCUUCUUCACAGAUAUUCAAAACUUGAAAGACAUGAAGGAGGACAUUGAACUGAAAAACCUUAAACCCCACACUGACUACACAUACUGUGUUGCUUCUAUACGUAAUUCUCUUAGAUUCAACCAUACUUGUCUGACAAUCACCACAGGCCCAUGGAAUGGAAAGGAUAAAGUGGUAAACAAUGCAACUGCUACUCACUACAUUAUGACAAUAUUAGGCUGCCUCUUUAGCAUGGUAAUUUUUCUUGGAGUGGUCUAUUACUGCCUGCGAAAAAAGCGGCAACAAGAUGAAAAGCACAAAAAAUCAGGUAGCCUGAAGAAAAAUAUAAUGGAGCUCAAGUAUGGACCAGAGCUGGAGGGGGGGACCAUGUCUCGAAUGUCACAGAAGCAAAUGAUGGCCGGGGAGACGAUGGCUCGCAUGCCAUAUUUACCAUCUGGGAGUGAAAUGGACCAGUACAAGUUCCAAGAGAUAAGUGACACUCCUAAAAUGGCCAAAGGAAAUUACAUAGAGGUACGAAGCGGGGAUCACCAUGAACGCAGGGAAUGUGAGAUGCCUAUGCCUGGGAAUAGUCAAGGGUCAGUGGCAGAGAUUUCUACGAUUGCAAAAGAGGUGGAUAAAGUGAAUCAGAUAAUAAAUAACUGUAUAGAUGCUCUUAAGUCAGAAUCCACCUCUUUUCAAGGGGUGAAAUCUGGAGCUGUGUCCACUGCUGAGCCGCAGUUGGUACUAAUAUCAGAACAUCCACAGAGUAAAUCUGGCCUUUUGUCCCCAGUGUAUAAGGACAGCUACCACCAUUCUUUGCAGAGGCAUCGUACUUCAGAUGCCUCGCCAAAAAGGCCCAGCACUGCCACCGGAGGGCCCAUGCGAAGCCCCAGGCCUUAUCGCUCUGAAUCCAAGUACAUAGAGAAAACUUCCCCAACAGGAGAGACCAUCCUCACUGUAACACCUGCUGCUGCCAUUCUGAGGGCUGAGGCAGAGAAGAUUCGCCAGUACAGUGACCACCGACACUCGUACCCCGACGCUCAGAUAGAGGAGCUUGAGGGACCUGACAGCCACAAGUCCUCCAUGCUGGAGCCCCUUACUCACUCCCGCUCCAGAGACUUAGCAUAUUCUCAGCUGUCUUCUCAGUACCAUAAUCUAAGCUAUUCCUCAAGUCCUGAAUACUACUGCAAACCUUCACACAGCAUCUGGGAGCGGUUCAAACUCCACCGCAAACGGCACAAAGAUGAGGAAUACAUGGCGGCAGGUCAUGCACUGCGUAAGAAAGUCCAGUUUGCAAAGGAUGAGGACCUGCAUGACAUUUUAGACUACUGGAAAGGUGUAUCAGCCCAACAUAAAUCUUAACCUCCUCAAGUGUUUUUAAUGGACCAGACAUUGCAGAAAUGACACAAGAACCUCAUGUGACAAUUAAGUCAAUGGAUACUUCCAUAUUGUAAUCAAAUACCCAUUCAUGUGUAUCACAUUCUAUUUUGACUGUGAGGAAAAUGAGGUAAAGAUCCUUUAAAAAUCAUAGAUUUGUCAUAUUAUGUAUAACAUUCAUGGGGAAAACUUUUAUCUAUUAAGGAGAAAAUAUAUUGCAAAUUUAAGAAUAUAUAUGUUGCAAUGGAUUAUAGGUUUUUGGGUUAUCGCAUGGCCAAGUCCUGUGACAGUGGAUUUGCUGUUGUGUACUUUGAGAAUACUAUAUGAAGACGUGUCUACUGAAGCCUCAAUAUUUUUUUUUUCUUGAAGAACUAUCUGAACCACACUCAUUCAAAAAGAACUUUUUUUCCUCCCCUGCAUAUAUUUCAUUCAACAAAAACUAUGUACAGAUAUGGUUUCUAUAUUUGCUGUAUAAAUGGAAAGGUAUUAGUGAUUGAAUCAGGUUUAUCAAAUGGAGAGCUGUUCAUUUAGAUUAUACGCUUAAUGAAGAAUGCCAUGUCCCACUUUACACUCGUCAGAAAGUGUGUCAUCUUACCCUCAAUGGCCAUUUUGUUCUUUGUGUUGUUUUCUUUUAGAAAUCUCAUGCAUAUAUUAAAGAUGAAUUCAGUUUUAAAGCCCCCCCUUCCCCAAACUACACUGCACAAUAUCCAGUGGGUGGAAUCUUUUAGACUUUACGCAGGCAAAACACCACAUCGCCUGCUGUUAGAAGGUCUCAGUCAUCGACUUCAUGAACCACCAUUUGUAUCUUUAGUACCAAAGUAGAAAAAAAAAUACAUGAAAUGUUUACAAUGUUUCUGCAUGGUGGGAGAAUCUGAUGAACAUAUUCAGUCAGGUUCCAUGGUGAUUUUUUUAAUCAAUUAUGCCUCCAAAAGUCCAAAUAUUUAGAAAGGAUAAUAUUCACAUACAAGGUGUUGAAAGCCUAAUAUUAAUCACUAACAUUUCAGGGAAGGAAAUGGUACUCUCUCACCUGUUGUUUAAGUAUAAAGAGAGCAGAAGAGUUUAUCCUACAGCCCGAUGGAUGAAUGUAACACAUACAUAUUCUGAUCUGUAUAUGGCAGCUUUUAUGUAUUCUUUCAAGGAAAUAUUUAUUUAAUGCUAUUAACGACCAUGUUGUUUUCUUUGCUUCAGUAUUUCUUCCAUUGUACUAUAUUGCAUAAAUGUCUGACCCAAUAAGCGCAGGAGAGUAGAUUGUUUUCAGAUGGGCCUUGUUGCUUGCUGAGAGGUUUCAUUUUUUUACUGCUAGGCUGUUAUAUCUUUUUGUAUAUUAUGAAGCUACCAGAUGAAUAUCAACAUGCUAGAGUAAAAUCUGAGAAUGUGAAAAUGAAUCCUCUGACUUACUGGCUGUGAAUUUGUAUAUCAUACAAUAUUUGACUAAAUACAAGACUUUUUAACGCUUUCUCUGUAAGAGGUAUAGGUAGCUCAUUCCUAACAGGCUCAUGAUGUGUUUCACAACAUACCCAUAAAUGAACAAUUAAUACCAACUCCAUUACUCUUUUAAACAAAUGCAAUAAUGCAAGUUUAAAUGUAUUGUGGGUGUAGAAUACAGAUAAGAGAGAUAGCACUUUAAGGUUAUGCAGUUAACUUUACUGAUUAUCCCUUACAAGGCUAUAUUAUACAAAAAUCCAAAAGGUUCUCUGCAGAAUUUACAUAUUUGUUGAGCAGAAGAACAGAAGGAGGGAUGACCUGAAGUAAUUAAUUUUUUCUGGGGUACAAUUUGAAGUCCCUGAAGUUAGUGCAGAAGAUAGCCGGUCUUUACAUGUAAAUAUGACUUUAUGACUAGAGUUUACCUGUAAGUUUUUUUUGUUUUUGUUUUUGUUUUUAUUAAGAAUUUGUCAGCCCUUUGGAUUUCCUGUGUAGAAUAAUGUUGCAUUUAUUUACCAUAAAUGUGUAAUGGAGCUGUUAUUAUUAAUGAAUGCGAUAUAAAUCAUGCCAUGAGCCUCAUAUGAAUGCACUAUCUAAACAUCUUGUAAAGUGUUAACUUAGUUGUCUGACUUAAUAUUUCAACCGCCUUAAGAUUUUGGGAUGUGUGUACAAGUGUAAAUUUCCUUUGUUUUGUUUUCAAUGUUGAUACUGUUGACAAGUUUUCAUUUAUUAUCAUUUUUAUAAAUGCAUUUCAGUAUAUUCUGAGAGCUGUCAGGUUUCCAGUUAAUUUAGCCAGUUAGCGACAUGUUUUUAUACUGCAUAUUGUAGCACUUCUGUGUCUAUUAAGAGUUAAAAAGUUGUUGAGAAAACCUUUGGAAAGAUGAACAGCUGUUGUUCAAGUGCAUCAAAACAAACAAGAGCACAAAAUUGUGUUUUUUUAAUUUGAUUUGAUUUCUUAAUACUAUGUUAUCUGCUUUCAGACAAAGUACUGUGAAAUAAAGUUAAGGGUGCACCCACAAA